GGAUACUAUUUCGUAAAAGUCCGGAAAGGAAGCUGUAAAGUUAGCUGUUUAUAUCAUGAAUAUUUUAUGCGAAGUUGCCAAGCGUAAGUCGCCGUAGGCCUUUGUGUCAGUUGGAACGGUUGACUGCCCUAUAAUUGGAUAAGGAAAAUAUGGCGAAAAGUUAUGACUACUUGUUCAAAAUUCUCCUGAUUGGAGAUUCAGGGGUUGGAAAGACUUGUAUCCUCUGUCGCUUCGCCAACAACGAAUUUAACAGAUCCCACAUAUCAACCAUAGGAAUAGAUUUCAAGAUGAAAACGAUUGUUGUCGAAGGGAAAAGGAUCCGAAUACAGAUGUGGGAUACAGCUGGUCAAGAAAGAUAUGAAACAAUUACAACACAGUACUACAGGAGAGCACAGGGGAUAAUUCUAGUGUAUGAUAUAACAAGACAGGAAACAUUUAAUAAUAUUAGAAAAUGGCUGAGAUAUGUUGAUGAGCAUGCUAACAACAAUGUUCAGAGACUGCUACUGGCAAAUAAAUGUGAUGCCGAAGAUGAAAGAAUGGUUUGGAAGGAUCAAGGAGCAAGGCUUGCUGCAGAAAAAAAUAUUAAGUUCUAUGAAACAAGUGCACAGUCCGAUAUAAAUAUAGAUGAGGCCUUCACAGAAAUAUGCCGACAAAUUUUACAAACAAUGGAUGUGCCUGACCAGAAUGGAAGAAGACUCUCUUCUGCUGGUGAGAUUGGAUCCAAUGCAGUACUCUUGGACACUAAAAGUGAAGUUCUUCCACGGAGCUCUUGUUGUUAUUAAAUAUAUAAAUUACUGAUGAAUUUAGAAAUAAUUUAUAUCUAAUUUUCAACUUAUUGGCAGAUUUCAUUGCAAGAUAACUAGAACUUGGGAUCAGUAGCCCUGUAAAAUCUGCCCAUUUGGCUUACAUUUUUAACUUGCAUUUAUCUUGUAAUUAACAUUUUGUACCAAGAUGGUUUCGAACUCAAUUAGCCAUGUGCCUUAGGUAAGGAAAACAUUAAUAGUUUUGAAGUUUAAAAAACUGAAUACAUAUCUAACAGUUGCACUGACAACUCCUAGAAAUCCACUCAGCUAUCUCAUGCCAAUAUUAAUUGUAUUAUAAUUCUGUUUCUGUUGCAAAUGGAAAUUCAUCUGAUACCCAGUAAAUGGGCAUUCAAUCUAGUCUGUUUACAGACUCAUUUUUUGUAAGAGAGUCUUGUGCUAGUUUGCUGAAGUUUGGCAACAAAUGAGUAUGUCUCUGGACAAUCUAGUUUCAGUCCUGCAAUUCAUAUUUUGUUCUCGGUAUGUUACAACAUUUAAUCGUAAGCUAUAAUUGUAAGGCUUUUUAUAUUUAAUAAUUGACCAGUCUAUAACAGCCUUUGAUGUUGUCAGAAACUGGUCAAAAGCAAAUAAAACAGGCCACGAUUUACUGGUAGGGAAGCGAUAGUUAACAUAUUUUGAAUAAGAACAAGUAAUUAAAUAAUUUAAAGGGAAAACUAUGAAAUUUAUGGAUCGAAAUACAUGUAGUCACUGUAUGAUAUAAGUUAUCACUUUAGGUAAGCAAAUAAGUACUUUAGCCAUAUAUAGGAAAAAUUAAGGGGGCAUGAGCACCACUUUUUGGCAAAACUUUUUCAUGGCUACAUUGUUGACUGCAAAUAAAGGUAGUUUGUGGAGGAUGUUUACUUGUA